ACAAAAACCCCCAAAUGCGAAGAAGGUAAACAAAACCCAUCUGCGCACACAGAAACACAGAGUGGAGGUGGGGAAGAGAUGGUGUGGUUUCAGUGCGAGGAUUGCGGCGACAAUCUUAAGAAGCCCAAGCUUCCUAAUCACUUCCGACAAUGCUCUGCUUACAAGCUAUCGUGCAUUGAUUGCGGGCAAAUAUUUGGGCAGCAAGACGUUGAAGGUCACACUCAGUGCAUCACUGAAGCGGAAAAAUAUGGUCCAAAGGGUCAAACAAAAGCUGCAAACGGAACGAAUACGAAGCCGAAAAAUGACGGAAAGCAGAGACCAGAGGUCGAUAUAAAUGUUGGUCUGUCGGAUCGCCCGCCGUGGUUCUGUAGCCUGUGUAACACUAAGGCGACAAGUAAGCAAACCUUGCUCCUCCAUGCCGACGGAAAAAAGCACAGGGCAAAAGCAAGAGCAUUCCAUGCAUCGAAACAGCCGCCUAAUAACGGUGCCGCAGAAACCAACGGUUCCAAUGAAAACAAAACAACAAACGAAAUUCCCGAAAAUAAAGUUGCUCCUCAGCUUGAUGGCCCCGAAGUGGAGAAUGAUGCUUUGGCAUCAAACAAGAAAAGAAAAGCCGAUGCCUCUGAAAAUGACGGUGCUCACCCCAAGACUGGAGGUGAAAUUUCUGCAGAGAUAGGCAAUGGCGAAGUUGUUCAAAUCAAAGGAUCAGAAACGGAGGUGAAAAAAGUGAAGAAGGCUAAACAUGGUGCAACAGAGGAAGACGCAAAAACGGAUUCCACCACCGACAAGGAUAUGAUUUGCAAGAAGAAAAUAAAGUGGAAAAAGCUUAUUACUUCAGCUCUGGAAUCUUAUCCAGAUGGCGUGGUGAAAUUCAAGAAACUUAGGAAAGAAGUUAUGAAGUCACUGAAGGAAGCUGGCCACACAGAAGAAAAAAACCAAGUAUCUGAAAUCCUUGAGCAUAAUAUAAAUUCAAGCUCGAGAUUUGUUGUUGAUGGAAAAUAUGUCCGCCUAGCAAAAUGUUCGUAGCUAAGAUUGGAUAUCGGUAACUGCAAGAUUUAUACCGUUGCUAAAUUCACUUUAAGUUGCUACGAUUGGAAGCUUCGGUUUCGGAUUUUUAGCUUCAGCACACGUAGCCCAGGUUUACGUUCCAGAGUAUACAGUUUGUCAGUGUGUGCUGGAGAGUUGGAUACUAGUUGGAUACUGAGGAUAUAAUUUCUACUUUUCAGUGAUUAAUUAAUUGUGACAAUGAACUAGAACCUUAUAUUAUUCUUGCAACUUUCUCCUGAAUGGAGUGUAGUUCUUUCAUUUAUUUUAAAAUUCCUUUUUCAGA